AGUAAUAUGGUGGAAAAAUUUCUGCAGAAUGCUCAAGUGGUCAGUAUAGGUGAAAUCAACAAUCUCAGACAGGAUUGUUACUGCUUAACUGUUGGAACAGUUGACGAAAUCAUUAUUGAUGCUCCAUGGAGUUAUGACAGUUGUCCUAACUGUACAACCACAUUUGAUCCAUCAAAAGGUGGCUCAGCUUUCCGUUCUUGCCAUACCAGUGUGAUCGAUACAGUUCCACGGUUAGCCAUGAUCAUUUUUUGUACUGAUUAUUUAUUUACACGCUUUGCUGUUUUAGCAAAUUUCCCUGAAAUUUCUAUGGAUGUCAAGGUAUAAAUUAAAUGUUAGGAUGGAGCAUAAUGGGGACAAAGGAAACUUCCUUCUCUGGGAUGCAACAUGUAUCAAGCUGUUUGGUAAGACUGCUGGAGAAUGUCGAGAUGAGUUG